AUGAUUGAACCCAUCGGGAAUCAGUACGUCGUGGCCAGGCCAGUGUAUUCCACAAAGGCUUUUGACGAAGAACAUAAGAAGAAACACAGACAUCAUAAGACACUUCUGGAUCAUCUCAAAACGUGGUUCCGCUGUUCUGCACAAAAGGCCAAGAGAAUUGCCCUCUCUUUGUUCCCCAUAGCAUCUUGGUUGCCAGCGUACCGCAUAAAGGAAUGGCUCCUCAGUGACAUUGUUUCUGGAAUCAGCACAGGGCUGGUGGCUGUACUGCAAGGUUUAGCAUUUGCUCUGCUGGUCACCAUCCCCCCAAGCUAUGGGUUGUAUGCAGCCUUUUUCCCAGUCAUAAUCUACUUUUUCUUGGGCACUUCUAGACACAUAUCAGUGGGUCCAUUUCCAGUUCUCAGUAUGAUGGUGGGAGCAGUAGUUGUGAGAUUAACCCCAAUAGCCGAUACAGCUGAUCCGACAGUCACUAAUAGCUCAGUGGCUAAUGAUUCAUCACUAGAUGAUCAUAAGGUGAUGGUGGCUGCAACGGUCACAAUUCUUUCUGGAAUCAUCCAGUUGCUCAUGGGGGUUCUGCAGCUGGGCUUCGUGGUGAUUUAUCUGUCCGAAUCCUUAAUCAGUGGCUUCACCACAGCUGCCGCUGUUCACGUUUUGGUUUCCCAGCUCAAAUUUAUUCUUCAGCUGACAGUCCCAGCACAUGCUGAUCCAUUUUCAAUUUUCAAAGUACUAACUUCCAUAUUCUCACAAAUAGAGAAGACUAAUAUUGCAGACCUUGUGACAUCCUUGGUUAUCCUGUUGGUGGUAUUUGUGGUUAAAGAAAUAAAUCAGCGCUACAAAGCCAAACUUCCAGUGCCCAUUCCAAUUGAACUCAUCAUGACUGUGAUCGCAACAGCUGUGUCAUAUGGCUUUGACUUCAAAAACAGGUUUAACGUGGCCGUGGUUGGGGAGAUGGAAAGUGGGUUUCAGGCCCCUAUCACACCUAAUGUGCAGACUUUCCGAGAUACCAUUGGAGACUGCUUUGGCAUUGCCAUUGUUGGCUUUGCAGUGGCCUUCUCUGUGGCCAGCGUCUAUUCCCUCAAAUACGAUUAUCCCAUUGACGGCAAUCAGGAGUUAAUCGCCUUGGGAGUGAGUAACAUAUUUGGUGGAUCGUUCAGAGGAUUUGCAGCAAGUACAGCCCUCUCCAGAUCAGGGGUCCAGGAGAGUACAGGAGGCAAAACUCAGGUUGCUGGCCUUCUCUCUGCUGUCAUUGUGUUGAUUGUCAUCCUAGCCAUUGGAUUUCUCCUGGAGCCUCUGCAAAAGUCUGUCCUGGCAGCUUUAGCCCUUGGAAACUUGAAAGGAAUGCUGAUGCAGUUCACAGAAAUACGAAGAUUGUGGCGAAAGGAUAAGUAUGAUUGUCUAAUUUGGGUCAUGACCUUCAUCUUUGCUGUUGUCCUGGGCCUCGGUUUAGGCCUGGCUGCUAGUGUGGCGCUUCAGCUCCUGACUAUCGUCUUCAGGACCCAGUUUCCCAAGUGCAGCACGCUGGCUAAUGUUGGCAGGAGCAACAUCUAUAAGAAUAGAAAAGAUUACUCUGAAAUGUAUGAACCAGACGGUGUGAAGAUUUUCAGAUGUCCAUCUCCUAUUUACUUUGCAAACAUUAGUUUCUUUAAGCAGAAACUUAUCGAUGCUGUUGGCUUUAGUCCACUUCGAAUUCUUCGCAAGCGCAACAAAGCUUUGAAGAAAAUCCGAAAACUGCAGAAGAAAGGUCUGUUGCAAGUGACACUGAAAGGAUAUAUAUGUACUGUUGAUGGCUUUAAAGAUUCUGACGAAGAGCUGGACAAUGAUAAUAUAGAAGAACUGGAUCAGCCCAUCAAUACAACAGACCUGCCCUUCCAGAUAGACUGGAACGCUGAUCUUCCUUUCAACAUCACGGUCCCUAAAAUCAACCUCCACAGCCUCAUUCUUGACUUUUCAGCAGUGUCAUUUCUUGACAUUUCAUCAAUGAGGGGUCUCAAAAUGAUCUUGCAAGAAUUUAUCAGGAUUCAGGUAGAUGUGUAUAUUGUUGGAACUGAUGAUGACUUCAUUGAGAAGCUGGCACGGUGUGAAUUUUUUGAUGAUGAAGUCAAGGACUCAAUAUUCUUCUUAACAAUCCAUGAUGCUGUUUUGCAUAUUUUGAUGAAGAAAGAUUACAGUACUUCGAAGUUUAAUCCCAGUCAGGAAAAAGAAGCAAAAUUUGAUUUCACCAUAAACACAAAUGGAGCAUUACGUAAUCGGGAAUGUCAGGUACCCAGUGAAACAAAAUUCUAAUCAAAAUAUAAUUCAGAGGGAUCCUCAUCUGACUGUCACAUAAAGAACAACUUUAUACCCAGAAAGUUAUUGAUAAGUUCAUACAUUGUAUGAAGAAUAUUUUUGUUUGACAGAAAUUAUGUUUCAAACUUUGGAACGAGAUUGUUCUAGCAUGGUAUAUUUUUCACAUAUCUAGUAGGCAAUUAUGUAAAUACUCUUAAUUUUAUACCUUGUAGAUUUAUCAAAGGAAAAUUAUUGUUUGUAUGUAUUUUUAUAGCACUGACAGAUUUCCAUCCAAGUCACUACCUUUGCGCAUAUUUUGCAGUGCAUUUGCACCACUGCUUUGAAUCUUGUAAUUUGUAUAGUUCAUACUAAUAUAUAUCCAUUUUAAAAAAUCAAUUGUACAGUGGGUGUGUCUUGCUUUGUUAAAUUUGUUAGUUUUCUGAAACAUGCUUGCUGUGGGUCCUCUUUAUAGUGAUCUGACUGGAAACCUGCUACAUGAGAAUCUUCUAAACCCCCUGCAAUGAGACUUCUUUGCCCAGAUUUUAUGAUUACUAUAGCUUUUUAAAGCACUCAACCGCCUAUCCAGAUUUAGAUACAAUCCUUCUAAUGCCCUAUCUGUAACUAUAACUAGUUUUUGACUCUUUCUUCACUGCUGGUCAUUAUUUGUAACUCACAGGGUAACAGCUCUAGAGCUCAAUUCAACUGGAGAAUGAGAUUCAGCAUGUUUCUCUUUUUUGCUGGAACUGUUCUUGGUACAAAUUUGUAUUUAUUUUAUGUAAUAGAAAUUAAACAUCAUCACCAACAGAAAAAGAUUCAGUGGCCUCUGUUCAACAUCAAACCACUUUGUCAAUGGGAAAAGUUGCCCCAAUUGUUUUAGAUCUCACCUCUGAAUGUUUAUUGUCAAAGUACCCUUCUAACCUUUGUUAAUGUCUUUACUGAGAGGGCUUGUCUACUGGACUUAAAACCAAUUACAGAAAAAUAAAACAAAGGCUUAUUUGCAUAGCUACUCUUAAUUAAAAACUAGAAUGUCAGCACUCUUUAUAGCAACGUGUCUUAAACUUUUUGAGUCAUGGACACCUUAGAGAGCCUCAUGUACCCUAUGGACUUUGGGAAAAAAUACAUAUACACAUAUACCUUUGUAUAUGAUGCCCUAUGAAUCUCAGGUUAAGAGCUCCAGUAGAAAUUGAAAGCAUGAGCCUAUUUAAUUGGUCAUUUGGCUUGGGGGUGGGGCAAAAGCCUUGCACAGAAUUGUCACUGAUGUCUGCAUCUUCACAAGCAAAGGUGCCCUCUACCCUCUUCUUGCCAACCAAAAUGUCAUAGAGCAGGAAAAAGCACUCCAAUUACCGUGCCCCCAUCACAAUCCAUUCAACCUUAACAUCUUGAGUGAGGUUCACUUAUCCUCAUCCUUAAAUGUUUUUUCUCUGAGGCCUCUAAGGUGGAUAUGCUUUGGGUAAGGGGUACGCAUGGGGCUGGGCCUCUAUUUGCCUGCCUCAGAGCAAAUAUUGGAAACUGACCAGGGCAAAGACUCUGAGCCCUGAUUUAGGAAGAGGUUAAGAGAUUGCGUUGGAAGAUAAAAAUAAAACUUAUGGGACUUCCCUGGUGG